AGUUUUGAUUGAAUGGCAAUGAUAUGUUACGCGGUACGCGCCAAAUUUUAUGUUUGUUUUUCAUUAAUCGUACUUUUUGUUACUUUUUGAAGAUUUAAAAAGAUUUAUUCGCAUAUCUGAAUAUUACAAUUUAUAUUUUGAAGUAUUCAUCUUUUUAGGUUCUAGUCCGUAAUUUUUUUCUUCUUUACCAUUGAUGUUAAUUGUUAGUUUUGAUUAUCUUAUCUGUUUACAUGGAUUCUGAUAAGUCAGAGGAAAGUGGAGUACGUUCUAAACGUACAAAGCAUGAUAAGUUUGGUAGGUUUGCUGCUUUAGAAAAAUUAAAGUCCUUGAAGGGAACAAAACAUAAAUAUGAGGUUGUUGAAGAAUCUAAAGUUUAUGAAGAAGUUUCAGAGAAAGAAUUUUCCCGUCUUGUCCAAGAGCGUCAAGAAGAAGACUGGAUUAUUGAUGAUAAUGGCAGUGGUUAUGUAGAAGAUGGACGUGAAAUUUUUGAUGAUGAUGUUGAAGGUGACAUCUACACUGACAAGAAAAAUAAGCAAAUUCCCAAAAACAGUUUUGCUGGACCUCAGAAGAGAGAUGUUAAAAAAACAAAUGACAUCAAAAAUAUGUUCAAGUCCUUGCCAACAAAAAGAAAAAUUGAGCAAGAAGUAAAACUAGAAGAUGAUGACAUACUGGGUAGCAUUAUGGAAGAUCUUCAUAAAGAAAAAGAUAUGUUCUGCAACAUGCCUAAACCUGUUGUGCUUCGUAAGAAACAUAAAGUGAAUAAUUCCCAGUCUCCUAUUCAACGCCAUCAAAUGAAUCCAUUCCUUGCAAGGCAAAAGACACCUUUAGCUUCAGAUUAUGUGCCAAAAACGGACGAAAGCCAAAAGUUGAGAUCUGUUACUAACAGAAAACCUCUGCAGCCAAAAGUUGUGGAUUUUGAUAACAAUAUUGACAGUGGAAUAUUUAAUGAAGAUCCUAAAGAUGAAGUUAUUGAAGAGUUUUCUCAGGAUCCAGGAUUCAAAACUGAAAUUGAAGAGAAAAAUAAAAUAGAUAUUCAGGAAACAGAUAGCAUGGAUUUCGACCACAGUGAAGAUAUCUUUAAUGAUUGUGAAAAUUUAUUGUCUGAAGCCAUUAGUGAGCCUAAGCCUGUUGAAGUGGAAGCUAAUGUGAAGCAACCUUUGCCUGAAGAUAACAAGUUUUUUGUGACUUCUUCUUUUCAAGGUGUGAUGAAUGAGGAAAAUGAAAGACCAGAUGUUCAGAUUGAUAGUGGAAAUCUUCCCCUGACAACCACUGUUGAUGGACAGACAGUGUUAAGAUUUUUUUGGUUAGAUGCUUUUGAAGAUCCUUUUAAACAACCUGGCACAGUUUAUCUUUUUGGGAAAAUUUAUGUUGCUGAAGCCAAACAAUACGUCAGCUGUUGUGUUAUAGUCAAAGAUAUUCCAAGACGCUUUUUUGUUUUGCCACGUGAGACGGAAUUAGACUUGAAGACAAAGGCUGACACUGGAAAUCCUGUUUCCAUGCAAGCAGUUUAUUCAGAACUGAGCAGUACUCUACAGAAGAUGAAGAUCCCAGAAUUUAGGAGUAAGAAAUCCACGAAGAGAUAUGCUUUUAGUGUUACAGAAAUUCCAGAUGCUUGUGAAUACCUUGAAGUUCAAUAUUCAGCCAAAUAUCCCUCCUUACCAAGUAAUCUACGAGGCUCAACUUUCAGCCACGUUUUGGGAUUAGAUUCUUCAAGUUUAGAAAUUUUAUUAUUAGAACAGAAAAUUAAAGGUCCAUGUUGGAUUGAUGUUCAUUACCCUCAACUUUCUUCUCCUCCUGUCAGCUGGUGUAAAAUUGAAGCCUUUGCAACCAAGCUGAGUCACAUCGUCUGUACUGAUGAAGUAUUACCAGUUCCCCCUGUUGUUCUAAUGUGUUUGAAUUUAACUACUUCUGUACAUUCGAAAAGUCAACAAAAUGAGGUUGUUGCAGUAUCUUGUUUAGUUCAUCAAGAAUUUCCUUUGGAUAAAACAGCACCUUCUCCUGCGUAUCAGUCACAUUUUUGUGUUCUAACUAAACCUAGUGAUGGCAUAUUUCCCUAUGAUUUUAAGGAAGCAAUCACCAAGUAUAAAAACACUAAAGUGGAAAGAGUUGACUCUGAGCGUAGUUUAUUAAUUUAUUUCUUGGCCAAAUUGCAGAAAAUUGAUCCAGAUGUCAUAGUGGGCCAUGAUGUUUUGGGUUUCGAUUUAGACGUCCUUUUGCAUCGUCUUGUGACAAAUAAAACACCUAAUUGGUCUAGGAUUGGUCGUUUGAAAAGAACUGGUAUGCCUCGACUUAAUAUUGCCCAAGGUGGUUUCGGAGAAAGAAAUGCUACCUGUGGUCGAUUACUAUGUGAUGUCAAAAUAUCUUCUAAAGAGCUAUUGCGAUGCAGAAGUUACGACUUGGAAGAAUUGUCCAAUCAAAUUCUAAACCAGCAGUUCAAUGAAAUUCCUCCUGAAUGUGUACACAGUCUUUAUUCGUCAUCAAAACAAUUGUUCAACCUUGUUGAUCAUGGAAUGAUGAGAAGUGAAGUAAUCCUUAGAUUGAACUGUGAACUUAAUGUUUUACCACUAGCUUUACAAAUUACUAAUAUUGCUGGUUGUGUUAUGUCUCGCACUUUGCUUGGUGGAAGAUCAGAGCGUAAUGAGUUUCUUCUUUUGCAUGCAUUCCACGCAAAAAAUUUCAUUUACCCACCAAAAUAUCAAGGCAAGAAAUCUCAGGCAAAGAAUGAAGAAGGGGAAGAAGUGGAAUUGACGUCUAAAAAGGGACGAAAGAAACCAGCUUAUGAAGGGGGUCUUGUACUGGAACCAAAGAAAGGUUUUUAUGAUAAAUACAUACUUCUGAUGGAUUUCAACAGCUUGUAUCCAUCUAUAAUCCAAGAGUAUAACAUUUGUUUUACAACCAUUCCAAGAGUACCCAUUUCAGAUACUGCUGAAGAGGAUGAACUCCAAGUUAGUCUUCCAGAUUCGGGAGCUGAUCCAGGUAUAUUGCCUGCUGAAAUCCGAAAACUGGUUGAAAGCCGAAGGCAAGUUAAGCAAAUGAUGAAGGCUAGUGAUAUCACUAAAGAGCGAUAUGCUCAAUAUGAUAUCAGACAAAGAGCCUUGAAACUUACAGCGAACAGUAUGUAUGGAUGCUUGGGCUUCACGCAUUCAAGAUUUUAUGCCAAGCCUUUAGCUGCCCUCAUCACACGCAAAGGAAGAGAGAUUUUAUUGAAAACUAAAGACUUGGUUAAAAAAAUGUGCCUUGAUGUCAUUUAUGGAGAUACUGAUUCAAUUAUGAUUAAUACAAAUCAGACAGAACUAGAUGAAGUUAUGCAAUUGGGAAACAAGGUAAAAGCAGAAAUAAAUAAACUUUAUAAACUGCUGGAAAUCGAUAUUGAUGGUGUGUACAAGCCCAUGCUGCUCUUAAAGAAAAAGAAAUAUGCUGCGUUAUCUGUGACUAAUCUACCAAAUGGCCAGAUAGUAACUAAAGAAGAAAUCAAAGGUCUGGAUAUUGUAAGAAGAGACUGGUCUCAGUUGUCCAAAGAUGCUGGACAGUACAUAAUCAAGGAAAUUCUUUCCAACAAAUCAAAAGAUGAAAUUGUUGACAAUAUCCAUUCGCAUUUAAUUACCUUAGGUGAAGAUGUUACCCAAGGAAAGAAGCCACUGACUGAUUAUAUUAUUUACAAACAAUUGACUAAAAAUCCUGAAGAGUAUGCAAAUAAAAAGAAUCUUCCUCAUGUUAUGGUAGCUGUUCGAAUGAACGAGAAAGGAGCUAAGAAACUGAAGAUGGGUGAUACUGUUGGAUACAUAAUUUGCUUGGAUGGGUCUGACCUGCCUGCUACUCAACGAGCUUACCAUCCUGAUGAGUUAAAAUCAAAUGAAAAUCUAAAAAUUGAUGUUAUGUAUUACUUGACUCAACAACUACAUCCUGUUAUUUCCCGAUUAUGUGCUCCAAUUGAAGGUGCCGAUGCUGCUAUGAUAGCUAAGUUAUUAGGAUUGGAUGAGUCUAAAUAUCAUGCAAUGGUUAGAAAUGUUGAAGAGGAAGAAGAUAAGCUAUUAAAUCCAUCCUCAUUAUUUGAUGAUAAAGAUCGCUUCAAGGAUUGUGAUAAACUUGUCUUGAAAUGUCCCUCUGCACAGUGCUUCCAAGAAUUCAUUAUUGAUGGUCCUCUGAGAAUCGAGCCUGAAGCAAUCAAUUUUCAACUGGAUUCUUGUUUAAAAUGUAAAACCAGGCUGACUCAGUUUGAAGCAACUCUUAGAAAUCAACUUGAAAAAAUAAUGAAAAGUUAUAUUUCUCGAUAUUAUAAGUUAACCUUAAUUUGUGAUGAUGUUGGAUGUGCCUACCAAACAAGGAAGAUGCCCCUUGUGUUCUCUAACGGUGGGCCAAUGUGUCCUUCUUGUCGAAACUCCAACCUUCACCUGGAGUAUACUGAGUCUCAACUUUACAACCAGCUUUCAUAUUUCCAAUAUAUGUUUGACCAUAACAAAGCUGUGAGUGGCCUGACAGAUGAAGAGAAAAGACUUUUCAAAGCAUCCGCACCAAAGGAAUAUGUACAACUUUAUGACUGUCUAAAAAUGUCGACUGACAAAAUAGUGCAUAAAAGUGCCUAUGGUGUUGUAAAUUUAGGAACUUUAUUUCAUGGUCUUUUUGAAAGCAAUUCCAAGAGCUGUUCAGUAACAAAAUAGUGUGUGUGAUUUUCUUAAGAACUGGAUUCUAUGAUGCUUGAUUUUGAGAAUGCAUUUUUACAAGUAUUUCUAUAUAAUCAUUUACAAUAUUUUUGACAUGUUUAUUAAGUACUUUUUUAGUAGAAAAAAAUAAUUUCCAAAAGCAAAUAUGAAUUUAAUAUAUAUUUUUUAUAAAUUUUAGAGUUUUUCCAAAAAUAUAUUUGCACCUGUGUUUAUAUCUAAACUUGUAUUUAUUUGUAAAUAUUGUAUAUGUAUUAUUUCUGUGCCUGAAUUAUAUAUACCUUUUGUAUGGUUUUACUUUUUAAAAAUUAAAAAUAUUUUUGAAAGCUUU